AUGAGUUCAAAUUCCCAAGAAGAUAAUAAUAAAACUACAGAAAAAAAGAAUACACUCACAGUUAUUGAUAAUAGAACUGGAAAAUCCUAUGAAAUCCCAAUCAAUCAUGAAACUGUUAAAUCAAUUGAUUUCCGUGCAAUUAAAGAACAAUCAAUAGAUUUUGGUACAAUGAUUUAUGACCCAGGUUAUUAUAAUACAGCAGUUUGUAAAUCACAAAUUACAUACAUUGAUGGUGAUAGAGGUAUUUUAGAAUAUAGAGGUUAUCCAAUUGAACAAUUAGCAGAGAAAUCUUCAUUUUUAGAAGUUUCUUAUUUAUUAAUUUAUGGUGAUUUACCAUCAAAAGAACAAAGUAAUUUAUGGAAUACAAAAAUUAUGAAUCAUACAUUUAUUCAUGAAAAUUUAAUUAGUAUGAUGAAAUCAUUCCGUUAUGAUGCACAUCCAAUGGGUAUGUUAAUUAGUUCACUUUCAGCAAUGUCAACAUUUUAUCCAGAAGCAAAUCCAGCACUUGCAGGUGUAGAUAUUUAUAAAAAUAAACAAUUAAUGAAUAAACAAAUUUUUAGAAUUCUUGGUAAAUUACCAACAAUUGCAGCAUGUGCAUAUCGUCAUAGAAUUGGAAGACCAUAUAAUGAUCCAUCAAAUACAUUAUCAUAUACAGAGAAUUUUUUAUAUAUGUUAGAUCGUUUAUCAGAAUCAAAUUAUAAACCACAUCCAGUAUUAACAAGAGCAUUAGAUAAAUUAUUUAUUAUUCACGCAGAUCAUGAAUUAAAUUGUUCAACAGCAACAAUGAGACAAAUUGCAUCAACAUUGGUUGACCCAUAUACAGCAUGUGCAGGUAGUGCAGGUGCAUUGUAUGGUCCAUUACAUGGUGGUGCCAAUGAAGCAGUGUUAAGAAUGUUGGAGGCAAUUGGAACCAUUGAAAAUAUUCCAAAGUUUAUUGAACAAGUUAAACAAAAGAAACAACGUUUAAUGGGUUUUGGACAUCGUGUUUACAAAUCAUAUGAUCCACGUGCUAAAAUACUUAAAACCGUAACAAUGGAGAUCUUUGCACUAUUGGGUAAGAAUCCAUUGAUGCAAAUCGCAACAGAAUUGGAAAGAUUGGCACUCUCUGACAGCUAUUUCAUAGAGAGACAACUCUAUCCAAAUGUUGAUUUCUACUCUGGUAUCAUUUACAAGAGUAUGGGUUUCCCAACUGAUAUGUUUCCAGUGUUAUUCUCAAUUCCAAGAGCUGCUGGUUGGUUGGCUCAUUGGGUUGAAGAAUUGGCUGAUCCAGAACUUCGUAUCUUUAGACCACGUCAAAUCUAUAUGGGUCGUAGAAAUAUGAAUUAUGUUCCAAUGGAUGCUCGUCAAGUUCAACAACAUAAUAGUGGUGAGAAAUUAUCCUCAUUCUCUUCUGGUUUCGAUCGUCGUAGAGAUGUCUCUGAAGAACUUUUUAAUUUUGAAGAUGGUGCAAUUCCAAAAACUGCCACUGGUAGUAAAUCUCAACUAUCUGCUUCAAUUGAACAAUCUUUUGGUGAGAAAAUAUCUCCACAAAGUCAUUAA